AUGGCGAGUAAUAUAACAAAUUAUUCAGUCCUGGGACGUAUCGGUGAAGGAGCUCAUGGACUUGUGUUCAAGGCUCGGCAUCUUCCAACUGGACGUGAUGUAGCUUUGAAGAAAAUUCUAAUAAAAAAUUUGGAGGAUGGCAUUCCUCUUAAUGUAAUGCGAGAAAUAAAAGCACUGCAGUUACUUCGAUGUAAAUAUGUAAUAAAAUUAUACGACAUGUUUCCCCGCGGAAUGUGCUUGGUACUAGUGUUGGAGUAUAUGUGUUCUGGAUUAUGGGAAAUGCUACAUCAAAAACAACAGGAGUUGACAUUACCAAGGGUGAAAACUUACGCCCAAAUGUUACUGAAAGGGACGCGUUAUAUGCACGCACACUAUGUUAUGCAUAGGGACCUUAAACCUGCAAAUUUGCUAAUCAAUCAUGAGGGUAUACUUAAAAUAGCGGACUUGGGACUUGCCCGUUUGUAUUGGCCUGAUGGUGGAAGACCUUAUUCACAUCAAGUAGCAACGAGAUGGUACAGAGCACCAGAACUUUUAUAUGGCGCUAGAUAUUAUAAUGAAAACGUAGACAUCUGGGCUGUCGGAUGUAUUAUAGCUGAAAUGAUCACAAAACAACCGCUUUUUGCAGGAGAGUCUGAUAUUGAACAAUUGGCAAUAGUGUUACAGCGUCUUGGCACGCCCACUGAGGAGACGUGGCCCAAACACUCUGAACUACCGGAUUACCACAAAAUAACAUUUCCCGAAUCAUCGCCUAUGCCUUGGACGGAACUAUUACCGGGAGUAGAACCUGACGCUAUUCAUCUCAUCAAAUCUUUCAUACUAUACGACGCCCAAAAGAGAAUAUCAGCUAAAGAGGCUUUAAAUCACCCUUGGUUCCACACAAAACCACUGCCAGCCGCUCUAGAGGACAUGCCCAAACCCAACACGAGCAAAACAAAAUGA